UCGUGACAUCACCUAGAAUAGUUUCUUUUUUGAUUUAUCACAAUGUAAUUUUUCCAAUAAUAUUAAAAAAUGAUUAUUUAAUCAAUCAAAUACAUAACAAUAAAACAAAGGUACUUAGGUAAUAAGCUUAGUAGUGUAUUGUAAUCUAAUUAGAGAAUAAAUUAAGCUCCAAAAUGGGAAGUUUACAAAAUUUCGUACCAGCAAUGACCCAUUGGUGUUUUGGCAUAACAAUUCUAGUGGGUUUAGUGGCAUCAGAAUUCACUGGAGCUGAAUCAAUUAUUGGAAUUUUCAUCGCUGGAUGCACCUCAACACUAUCAGCUUUAUGUAGCUGUACAACUAUUGUCACCAAUGAAAUGGAUCAAAUAAAACGAAAACGCCUACCAAAUUUGUUGGGUUUCUUGAUAAUUUGGUUGGAUAUUUUGACUAAUCUUGUGGCUGCGGCUACUUGUGCCAGAUUGGCAAGUGCCACUGUAGAUUAUAUCAGUCAGGGUCAUUUUAGAGAGUUUUUGUUCGGGUUGGAACAACACUCCUUGGGAGAGCCUUGGCCUGACGUUUUAGGAGUGACCAUUAUUCUGGUUGUUACUGUACUGUUUAUGAUGGGAUUAGAGAGAUCUUCGACAAUAUCAGCGUUAUUGUUUCUAGCUUUAUUGUGCAAUUUUGCCUUUUUCACAUUCAUUGGAAGUUUUCAUACUGUCAAUAAUUUCCAGAAACUUAUGGAUUCCUUCAAGAUACAUUCACCAAGAAUGGUUCUAAAAGCCUCAGCUAUAUGUUCUUUCGCAUUCGUCCACAAAAUGCCUUCGACAUCGAAAAACAACUGUCUAAGAAUAGCAACGAUAUUUUUCAUGCCUCUCCUAUUCUACACGGUUUUAACUAUAAUUUUCAAUUUGAUGACCCACUAUAGAGAACUAGACGGUACUGCCAUACCCUUGAUCCAAGUGUUCCAAAACAGAGAUGUGGAUUGGGCCAGGCCUGUACUAGCCGUUUGCACUAUUUGUGUGGCUUGUCUGCUUCUAACCGAAGUACUGCCGUGUGUUUAUUAUUCUUUUGUACGAUUGGCCAGUAAAGAGUGGAGAGUAUUUGUAAGCUCUAUUCAGUACCAAAGCAGACUAACUGGAGCACCAGUUUUAGCUAUUUUUGCAGCAGGUAGUUUAACAGCCAUUUUAGCAUUUGCUUGCCCUUUGUCACACUUGAUAAAACUCCUAAAUGUUUCCUGUUUAAUCAAGUGCACAUUGAACUCUUGCCAAUUAGUCUACACAAGAUACAGGCCUGAUAUUUUGCGCCCCAAUCCAGAAGGCCCCACAAAUAUACAUUACAGUAAAUUGAAUCAAAGUGGGCCUGGCAGAUCAGCUACGAGGCAACAUCAAGUAUCGAUUAGGGAAAAACUUAGAGGGUUUUUCGGUAAGACGCCUCAGUACAUACACAAAUUGAGUUCGCCUAAAGCGGCUUCAGGAAUUGUCAGGAAAAUUCCUAGGGAUAAGACAAAGCGUAGUGUUGAAGAACAAGAAUGUCUUCUUUUUGAAGACUACAACACGAAAUCGUUAAACAUGGACAUUGAUAGUAGUUCGGAAAAUGAAGAAAAUGAAAUGGAAAUAAUGUCUUGCAGUGAAGGUGAAAAUUCUGAUAGUUCCACUGAUAUUGAUGUUAUAGUUGAAGAGUAUUGGGAAGGAUUAAGGGUUUCAACAUUAGGCAAAUUCAACGAAAAAAAUCCAUCCACACAAACAACGUCCAUUAUAGUAAUCGUGUGCCUAAUUUUAACAACUUCAGCAGCUGUAGGUGUGGCCUUAUAUAUUUUUCAUAUUGUUAAUUUUUAUUGGCCAUAUAUUUUGGUUAUUUGUAUAGGAACUUUAAUAAUAAUGGGCCUACCAGAAAACGCCUCAGAAAAAUCUAAACCCACUCUACUACCAUCUUUACUAUUCCCAUUAUUCCACUCAUUGUCAAUUACGAUGAACACAAUUAUGGUUUCAAUAAUUAUUAUUAACGUGUGGCAAGGAAUAGUGUUUUGGACCAUUGCAGGCCUUCUUCUUUAUUGGAAAUGCGAUUGUUGCCAGUGCGGAGUGCUAGAACCUCUAGUAGCCAGAGCAACAUCCAAAGUUGACGCUGAACAUAUUAUUUACGAGUACAAAGAGCAUCUUACGGAUAGCAUUAUUGUGGCCAGAUGACAUCCGGAUUUCCUCGAUGAUGAAACGUUAAUUACAGAGUCAGAUGAUGAUAACUGAAAAAGAAAAUUGAAUAUGAAUAUUAGUUUUUAUAAAAAAUGGGCACUAUUAAUUGUUAGAAUAAGUUUCAAGAUUCUAGCUAGAAUAAUUUAUUAGCAAUUAUUGUUCCUAUGGAUUAUUUGGAAUUGAACUGUUUCUAAGCUUAUUUAUAAUAGUAUUUUAUCAAUGAUCGAUUGGGCAAAUUACUUCUGUAAAAAUAGGUAUUUGUUAUUAAGUGUUCUUCUAUCAAAUUGUUGAAAAAAUGUCCUUUAAAAUACAAGCAUUGCUUUAUUUUUAA